AUUCUGGGAAGGAGAAGCUCAGACCAUUUUAGCUGCAGAUGACAUCGAAUGACCCGACGAAGAGUGUGAUCUUUCGGCGAGAAGGGAUCUGCUAGCAGUCGUUAGAGUUCUCAGUAUACGAGAAAUAUUUCAUUUCAACGUUUCGUUGAAAUAUAUUUGGCCUUGUAUUGAGAAACGAAGAUGGGUGCAGAUAAACGGGUUAGCCGUACAGAGCGCAGUGGCAGGUACGGCUCUGAACAGUCUCGUGAUGAUGACCGCAGGGACCGGCGAGACCGUGAUGACCGCGGUUAUGAGUCGCAUCGCUGGAGUGAUGAUCGCCGUAGUGAACGCUACGAUGGUGAACGAAGUGACAGAGCUGAUCGAUACUGGAGCAGGGACAGUCCUGAGCGAGGAAGGAAGCGGCGCUGCAGUGACGGGUCCGAUGACGGACACCACUCAGAUGGUGAUUACUCUGAGCAUGAUUACAGAGGAGACCCAGCUGAUGAGAAGGAGAGCAAGACCAUCAUGCUCCGGGGUCUGCCUAUGAACACAUCAGAGACAGAUAUUCGAGGAGCCAUUGAGCAGCUGGAGGGGCCAAAGCCAAUGGACGUGAGGCUGAUGAAAAAGAGAACAGGUAUAAGCCGAGGUUUCGCCUUCGUGGAGUUUUAUCACUUGCAAGAUGCUACCCGAUGGAUGGAGACCAAUCAGAAACUGCUGUCUAUUCAAGGCAAGACUGUUGCCAUGCACUACAGCAACAACCGUCACAAGUUUGAGGACUGGCUCUGCAACUCCUGUGGCCUGUACAAUUUCCGGAGGAGGCUGAAGUGCUUCAGGUGUGGCGCAGCUAAAGCGGAUUCUGAGUCCAGCAGCACAACAGGAGCCACAGACACCCAAUCCAGUGGAGAUUAUUAUGGCGAUACCAUCAUCCUGAGGAACAUCGCCCCUCACUCCACUGUUGAAGCUAUUCUGACGGCACUCGCCCCCUAUGCCAACCUCUCGCCCGGCAAUAUCCGCCUCAUUAAGGAUAAACAGACGGGACAGAACAGAGGCUUUGCCUUCAUCCAACUUGCCUCUCCUUUGGAAGCGUCACAGCUCCUAACCAUCCUUCAGGGCUUACAGCCACCUCUCAAGCUGGAUGGGAAGACUAUUGGUGUCGACUACGCCAAGAGUGCUCGAAAGGACCUGUUAUUGCCAGAUGGGAACCGUGUUAGUGCCUUUUCGGUUGCCAGUACAGCCAUUGCAGCUGCUCAGUGGUCCUCCAGUCAGCCUCAGCAGAGUGUGGAACCAACAUCAGAAUACAGCUACCUGCAAGAGGGAUAUGUACCCUGUUCACAGGAGUACCAGGCAUACUAUCAGCAGCAAGCUGGAGCUGUGGACCAUUCCCAGGCUAACGGCAUACUUGGAGCGGCUCCAGGUGUGAAGGUUCUUCCUGCUGCUACAGGAGUGGUGAUCUCUCAGAGUGCGCAGGUCUAUCAGCCUCAUAUCAUGGGCCAGCCAGCUGCUCAGACAUUGCAGAUUGAAGGCAAAGCCCAGCCCGGCACAGCCGCUGCCACGGUUUCCGGCCCAGCAACCUCUGCAGUCGCGACAUCGGCCGCAGCAGCCAGCACAGCAACAGCUACCUCUCAGGAAAACCAAGCCGCUGUCCCAGACACUUCAUCCUAUCAGUACGAUGAGUCUUCCGGGUAUUAUUACGACCCCAGCACUGGCCUGUACUAUGACCCAAACACACAUUAUUACUACAACUCCCAGACUCAGCAGUAUCUGUACUGGGAUGGGGAGAAGCAGGCCUAUGUGCCCGCGGUGGAUGCCAACAACGCUGCUCAAAGCGACGCUGCCUCCACAUCCACUACUCAGAAAGAGAAGAAAGAGAAACCUAAGAGCAAAACGGCUCAGCAGGUAAUAACAAUUCAACGUUUGAGUUGGUUCUUUCAUCUGGUGAUAAUUCCUGUAUUUUUUCCGUAUCUCAUCCGCCAUCAGCAGCUCUCAGACCUGCACAAGCAAAACUUGGAGGUUCUCAGAAGAUCCAAACUGAGUGAAGCAGAACUGGAGGAGUUGGAGAGGAAAGAGACGGAGAUGAAGUACAGAGACAGGGCUGCUGAGAGGAGAGAGAAAUACGGUAUCCCUGAACCCCCUGUGCCCAAGAAAAGGAAAUUCACCCAGCCAACACCUAUAGUAAAUUACGAACAGCCCACCAAGGAUGGCCUGAACAGCGAUAAUAUCGGCAAUAAGAUGCUGCAGGCCAUGGGCUGGAAGGAAGGCAAAGGUCUGGGUCGAAACCAGCAGGGCAUCACAGCACCAAUUGAGGCUCAGUUGAGAAUGAAGGGAGCUGGUCUGGGAACUAAAGGAAGCAACUACAGCCUCUCUGCUUCAGAUACAUACAAAGAUGCCGUCCGGAAAGCCAUGUUUGCACGCUUUACAGAAAUGGAGUAAAUGAGGAUCUGUCAUGUCAGGUUGACUAAAGAUUGUGGAUUGUGACUUUAAUCGUCUGCGCUGAGGCGUGUCAUGUAUUUAUUUUGACUUCAGAAACGGUCAAUGAACAUGAGAUGUGACUAGAAGAAUGUGUACAUAUGUACAGAGUCCUCGAGAAAUGUGAAGAAUGUGUUUUUGAUUUUGAUUAUUAUUUGCUUUUUCCAAAAUAGAUCUUGAACUGUGUAAAGUGUAUAUAUGAUCUCAUUUUUGUACAUAAGAAAAUAAAUGAGAUGAACUGAA